CAGGUUAUGCCAUUAUCUACAAGAGUCACCGAUCAUGACUAAACGACCUGCAGAUUUUGCUGGGGAGAAUGAGCCCGCCGAAGGAUCCCCGGCCUCAAAGCGCGCGAGAACGGAGGAUACUGAACCUGAAAGAGAAGGGACUACUCCUCUGCGGGAGAGGCGAUGGGAGGAUGAUGAGCGCAAUGGGGCCGAUAUUCUAGCAGCUGCCGACCAAGAAGCGGAGGAGAUUGAAGAGGCCGUUGGUCAUACCUCCGAUUGGGAUGAUGAAGAGCCGGUCUCGCAAGCAUCCGUUCGUCAGACCGAACCGCUUCAAGGCUACAGCGACCUCUACCUCGACACAAUACACCGCUCGAAUCUCGACUUUGACUUUGAGAAAUUGUGCUCUGUGUCUCUUUCGAAUAUUAAUGUUUACGCCUGCCUCGUAUGUGGGAAAUACUUCCAAGGUCGUGGGCCAAAGUCUCACGCAUACUUCCAUUCGCUGGAAAUAGGGCACCACGUUUUUGUGAAUAUGGAGACAAAGAAGGUGUAUGUGCUUCCAGAAGGAUAUGAAGUCAAGAAUAAGAGUUUGGAUGAUAUUAAAUACGUAAUCGAUCCGUCCUAUGUGAAAGAAGAGGUAGCUAGGCUGGACACGGUGGUUACAGAAGCGUGGGAUCUGGCCGGAAAGAAGUACAGGCCAGGAUACGUUGGAAUGAACAAUAUCAAAUCCAACGACUAUCUAAAUGUCAUCGUUCAACUCCUCGCCCAUGUCAGGCCGAUUAGGAACUUCUUCCUCCUGCACAGGUUUCCGGUCCCUGGAACGCCCCAGCUUCCCCUGCGUUUCGGAAUGCUCGUGCGCAAGCUAUGGAAUCCGAAAGCGUUCAAAUGUCAUGUAUCUCCUCAUGAGUUACUCCAGGAGAUAGCGCUCCGGUCAUCAAAGCGUUUCACCCUUACACAUCAAUCUGACCCUGUCGAGUUUCUCUCAUGGUUCCUCAACAAUUUACACCUGAGUCUCGGUGGAUCAAAGAAACCUUCUCCUACGCCUACUAGCGUAGUGCAUUCCGCCUUCCAAGGGCAUCUUCGAAUAGAGAGUCAGGCCAUCACGGCAAGAUCGGAUGCCGCCAAUGCCCGGCUUGUCUUUUCUGAAUCAAGCACAACGACGUCUCAAAGGACACCUUUCUUGAUCUUGACUUUGGACCUUCCUCCUACGCCUCUUUUUCAAGCUGCUGAUGAAGAGUCCAUUAUCCCGCAAGUCCCUCUUGUUAACCUUUUAAACAAAUACAAUGGAGUUACAGCAAUCGAAAAACUUGCUCACCGCGUCCGUCAUCGUCUACUUCACCCACUUCCUCAAUAUCUACUCUUCCACAUAAAGCGAUUUAGCAAAAACAAGUUUGUCGCGGAACGAAAUCCCACCAUUGUCACGUUCCCGUCUCCCAGAGGUUUAGAUAUGUCUCCCUACGUCGAGCCAAACCCUUCUGUCUGGCCUCCGGGCGAGCCGAUUCUCUACGAUCUGGUCGCAAACGUCAUCCUCGAUGCGACAGUCACGGCUCCAGGCGACCCUGAAAGCCGAGCACCCGAAAACAGCCGUGGUGGUUUGGCCGAGGCAGCUGCUUCUGGUGCGGGCGGCGCGGCUUCAGCAACAGCUACAACUCCAGGCGCAUCCGCGGGUAGCCAUAAAGUUAACUGGUUGAUUCAACUGCAUGAUAAAGCAAUGGCUGUGGAGAAUGCGAAAGAACAGACCCAGAGUGGACCUGAGUGGUUGGAAAUCCAGGAUCUCUGGGUGCAGAAAACAGAAAGCGAAACAUUGUUUACAAGAGAAGGGUAUUUGAUGGUUUGGGAGAGAAGGAAGGUUAAAAGUAAAGGUAAAGAGAAGAGUUGA